AUGGCAGUGAACCGGAUCGUCAUCCGAUUGGGUGAGGCGCCGACGUUGAUGGAAGCCUGCUGCCUCUGCUCUUGCACGACCUUUCUCGCUGCCGGCGUGGUCUACAUGCUCUACCCUUUCAAGUCGCUUCCCCUCAUUGUCCUGAUCGUUGUCAUGUUUCUGACGGCUCUGGUCUUCAUCUCCCGUACAGCCAUCCAGGUCAGAAGCCGAUAUGUGGAGGAGGUCAAUGCGCAGGACCUACAGGAGCAUGUUUGGGCACCUGCAGUGUUCGACUCCAUGGAAACGACACCGCCCAGGUUCCAUCGCGUUCGUGUCUGGACAUGCGUAGAUGACGCAGGAGCUUCAGAAGUCAUCAUCAGGGUUCUGGAGGAGGUCGACCUCUUGUAUCGUCCAUGCCUUUCGGAGACCUGUGUCUUCUGUCUGGAGGACUUCGCUGGCCAGGAUGAGGUGACGCUGCUACCGUGCGGACAUGCCUUCCAUCAACACUGUCAUGCCGUCUGGCAUGCGCUGAAGCGAUGCACCUUUGCCUGCCCCCUUUGCCGGGAGAGCUGUGCGACUGUCUGA